GGGGAGUAAGAGCCAACGAGAGUCCAGCCCACUUCAACAAAACCAUUCAACUCCUGCACAGUGAGCAGUCUCAGACCUCUUACGAGCGUACUGCUUCCCUGGGGCACAUCCAGAAGCUGACUGCCCAUCCCAUACAAACUUUCCAAGGACCUGGAGAGGGAGAGAAAUCCACUGACAGAACUAUCCCUGCUUUGCGAUCAGCACGUCUUCUCAACACUUACCAGCAAGGAUUACACUUUUCCCUCAAGUAGUUUAGCUCUUACUUUUUCUUUCCACUCCAAUUUUUGUCAGAUCAUCCACAGACAAGACAGACUAUCACAAGCUGUCAACUACAGGACGGAUUUUUAUCUUACUUCAAAAAGAACAUUUAAAGUAAGUGACAUUUUUGCGCAGUGCAAUUGGCGUGUCCAGUUUCACUGCUCUCAUUUUAGGAUGUCCCCUGUUCCUCUGCUGAGCGGGAUCUUCCUGCUGCUCAUCCAGACAUGCCCCAUCAGUGCCAUGGUCACCAAAGGGAGCCUGGCAACAUCUGAACAGGCAGCUGCAACAGACUGUCCGUCCUGUGCCCUGGCACGGCUUCGAAAUGGUGCCUCGAAGGAUGAGGAGGAGGGAGCGCAACAAGAUGUGGUCGAAGCAGUGAAGAGACACAUCCUUAACAUGCUGCACCUGCAAGAGCGCCCCAACAUCACGCACCCAGUGCCUCGUGCCGCGCUCCUCAAUGCCAUUCGCAAGGUUCACGUGGGACGUGUGGCGAAGGACGGCAGUGUCCAGAUAGAGGACGAGGCGAGCAGCCGUCCAGAAGCUGAAAUGACGGAGCAGACUGAGAUCAUCACCUUUGCUGAAGCUGGUCAAGCUCAAGGCUUUAUCAACUUCCUCAUCUCCAAGGAAGGUGAUGAGAUGUCGCUAGUGGAGCAAGCCAAUGUCUGGCUCUUCCUUCGUCUGCCAAAGGGCAACCGUACCCGUGCCAGCAUCACCAUCCGACUGCUCCUGCAACAGGGAACGGGGGAAAAGGUUCUGGCAGAGAAAUCCUUGGACACAUGGCGCAGCGGCUGGCAUACCUUUCCUGUGUCUGCCAGUGUGCAGGAAUUGCUGCAGCAAGGGGGCAGCACUCUAAGCCUGCGUGUCUCCUGCCCUCUGUGUGCCGAUGCCCGGGCUACACCCGUGCUCGUGACUCCAGGAGGCAGCGAACGUGAGCAAUCUCACCGGCCUUUUCUCAUGGCUGUUGUGCGACAGAUGGACGAUCUAACCCAAAGGAGAAGGCGCAAAAGGGGCCUGGAAUGCGACGGCAAGGUGCGCGUCUGCUGUAAACGUCAGUUCUACGUCAACUUCAAGGACAUUGGAUGGAAUGACUGGAUCAUCGCUCCCUCCGGGUAUCAUGCCAACUAUUGCGAAGGUGACUGUCCGAGCCACAUCGCAAGCAUCACCGGCAACUCGUUGUCCUUUCACUCCACAGUUAUCAACCACUACCGCAUGCGAGGGUACAGCCCUUUCUCCAACAUCAAGUCCUGCUGUGUGCCAACGCGCCUGAGAGCCAUGUCCAUGCUCUAUUACAAUGAAGAGCAGAAAAUUGUCAAAAAGGACAUCCAGAACAUGAUUGUAGAAGAAUGCGGCUGUUCGUAAGACAGCUACGGGAAGAGGAAGAAGGGUAGGGAGGGGGAAACAGGGCAGCAAGGUUGGGUGGUAGGGGCAAGAACUUCACUCCCCAUGACAAAUGACUCGGAUGGUAAGAAAAAAAGAAGAGAAGUAGAGGGAGGGGAGAAUUGCUUCUCUAUCUCUAUCUCACUGCCUCAUGACAAACUCUCGAAGACAGGCCUCUCUGGAUCACUUGUGUGUGGUCAUCUUAGAAUCCAACUGGUAUCACAUUAGAGUGGGUAUCUGUAAAUCAGAGUAAUUUCUGUGGCACUUUCAAAAGAGAAAAGAAAAUAUAAUAUAUUUUUGUUACAAAGCAAAGGGAGCAAGGUCAGAGGGUAUUUAUGCGGCCUACUUUGCAGCGCGAACAUGCACUGCGGGAAGAGAGAUCAUGUAGUUGAGGUGCCUGAAAAAGAAAAUCUCAAAACUAUGCAACUUGUCAAGUAUUAUGAUAUAUUUUUCAUCAAGGUGUUGUUUUGUUUCUAUUGUUACUAUUUACUUUUACAGACUAAAAAAAAAGGGUUAAGAAGAGUUGACUUUUUAUACUUUUUAUGUAUGUUUAAUAUAAUACUGUAUGUGUGUCAUGUGUGUCCGUGUACAAAAAAUUGUGUGUAUGUACAGUGUGCCUAUGGGAGUAUUUGUGUAUGUGUAUGUUUUUGUGCAUGUCAUGUUUGUGUAUGUUGUUGAGAGAUACUUGAAAGAAGUUUGACGGGCUGCUGGAACCAAACAUUUCUCUAUAUUAUUAUUCUAAUUAUUCUGACUAUUGUUAAUAAUGUUAUUAUUUUGUUUUGAUUUCUGUACAUUUUUUGUUAUCUUAAAAAAGAGACAUUAAAACGUUUACAGUUUUGCACUAUAUUGACAUUUUGAUCAGUGUAGCCACAUAUACAACUAGUAUACAGAGAAGACAAGAAGCACUUCAAAACAGACAUACCUACAAAGCAUGAAUCUAAAAAAUGUGAUUGCUAAAAAUAAAUGCAGAGGAUAGAGUGGAAGGCAGAGAUAACUAGCACUACAUCAGAGAACAAUGUAUUCACAUGUAUUGUACUAAAUAGUUUUUAGGUUUUUUAAUCAACACCAAAGAAUGUAGUUUAGUGUUGCCCACCAUAUUAGGCUGUCUCAGAACAUUUCAGAAGAUACCGGUAUGUCACAUUGCUUUGUUCGGCCUACAAAGAUGUGCAGAUUAGCAAACCGAAAGACCUUUAAAUCAGUUUCUAAAUGUCCCACCGCGGGUCACUCCUUACAUGUGCUUUUGCACUGCUGCACAGUCCAUGUGUGACUGGCCAUCUAAGUGGUUAAUACAGCACUUAAACCAACUUUUGAAAGUUUGUUUUUAAUAAUAAAUUGUUAAAAAGUGAAUGUGCAGCAUAUUUAAUUAUUUUUUGUGUAAUUGGGAGAUUUAUUAAUAUUUAGAUAUUUACCUUUUUUUCACAAAAUAUUAAAAGGGUUGUCAGUGAUCCCAAAAAAAAAAAAAAAAAGAAAA